UCCACCACCUGAGUCCAGGGGAGGGAGGGGAGGAAAAUGUUGCAAUUAUUUCGCAGCGUCGUUGCUGUCAAUCAAAGGGAGCCCGGGCGCCUGUGUGUGAAGAAGCUACAUGGCGGCGGCGGUGGUUGCGUGAGAUCCACUGCACUUCCAGUACACCUAAUGCAACUUUUCACCAACUUCCACCACUGCAAGCCAGACUGCGCCUCCUCUCUGUGCAAAAAAAAAUCUCCCAGGCAGGAGUCACCCCAGACCUGGGAUUGCACAGACACCCCAGCACCCCCAAGUGUUUAUAUAUUUUUCUAAAUCACCCUUAUUUUUUUUCCUCCUCUGUGGCUCUGUGUGUUUGUGAUUUUUUUUCCUCUCUUUUUCCGGCAAGCUGGUGUCGUUGUUUUUGAGCUUUGCAGUCAUGGCGCACCUCCAUUUUUGAGCGACUUUUGUGCGCUUUUCCUUUCCACCCCCAGUGUAUGUUUUUUUUUAAAAAGCCGGGAUCAAAAAGGAAAAGAAGCGAGACAUGAUUUUUUCCAACUCUUCGACUUUUUGGAGGCUUUGAGAAAAAGAAAGGAAUCGGUUUCGAUUUGGCUAAGUUUUUAGUCGACGGUGCGGGGACUAGCUUGCGCCCAGCUCUACAUGGAACAGAGCUUGUCGGAGUGCGACAAUGGUAUCGAGUGCUUAAACAAUGUGGCUGCUGCGUCAGGGUUUUGCAAGUCGAGCAGCGGGCAGCUGCUGAAUCCGGCGGACUUGCUCGCUCGCCGCGAGUUUGACAGGGCUCCACGGCGCUCCCUCGCUACCCAUCCACGUGUAGCCCAGGACAAAACCGAGCCCCCAAACUCCCCUGGCCCCAACACCAUGUCCAGCCAGGGCAAAGACCCAGAAGACGACGGCUCUGAGCACAGCAAUGCUUCCAGCAACCUGGCCUCUGAAGAAUCCAACCACUCUGCCUCCGGAUCAGAGUCGGGCAGUCAGUCUGAGAGCGAGCAGGGGAGCGAGUCCAACAACAGCAGCUCGGAUUCCUCCGGGUCUCAGUCCCAAUCGGAAAGCGAGUCGGCCGGCUCCAAGUUGCAGCAGACUGCCAGCGAGAACAAGGACAAGCCGCUGAGCAAGAAGGAGAGGAUAGCUGAUGUGAAAAAGAUGUGGGAAGAAUACCCAGAUGUGUAUGGGGUUAGGAGGUCAAACCGCAGCAGACAGGAACCGGCUCGACUUAACGCUGGAGCAGAGCAGGAGAGCAGUGAAAAUUCUGAGAAUGAAACUCCGCGGCGACGAGGAAGGAGGAGAGCCACAAAUUGGAAAAAUGCCAAGUCGGAGAUUGAGGAGGAUGAGGACGAGGAGCUGGAGGAGGACGGUGAUGAGGAGGAGGAGGAGGUGGAGGAGGAGGAGGAGGAUGAUGAUGAGGCCGGCAGUGCAGACAGCGAGCCCGUGAGGAGCGUGCGGGCACGGCGCCCAGUCACCAGAAGACCCAUGGCCAAGACCCGGGGGAAAAGGCAGGCGGCACGGCGGGGAAAGAAGAGGAGGAGGGAUUCGUCCGACGAGGAGGACGAUGAUGAUGACACUCCCAAGCGACAGACACGCAAGUGUGUGAUCAAAAACGUGAGUUAUAAAGAAGAUGAUGAUUUUGAGACUGAUUCAGAUGAUCUCAUCGAAGUUACAGGAGAGCCGGCCCUGGAGGAGAACGACGACAGUGAAACCAUCGAGAAAGUGAUUGACUCCCGCCGUGGGAAAAAAGGAGCCAUCGGUGCCCGAACCACGGUGUACGCGGUGGAGGCAGAUGGAAAUCCAGGAGCGGACUUUGAUCCGGAGAAAGAUGAGUCGGAGGUGCAAUACCUGAUCAAGUGGAAGGGCUGGUCCUACAUCCACAACACGUGGGAGAGCGAGGAGUCGCUGAAGCAACAGAAAGUGAAGGGGCUGAAGAAGUUGGAGAACUUCAUCAAGAAGGAGGAGGAUAUAAACCAGUGGUUGUCCAAAGCAUCCCCAGAAGACGUUGAGUACUACAACUGUCAGCAGGAGAUGGUUCACGAACUCAAUAAGCAAUACCGGAUCGUGGAGAGAGUAAUCGCUAUGAAGACAAGUAAAUCAUCAACCAGCCAUUCUGACGCCUCAUCGCAUUCCAGCCACAAAACCCCGCCGUCCGGCCAGCCCGACUACCUGUGCAAGUGGAUGGGGCUGCCCUACAUAGACUGCAGCUGGGAGGACGGAGCACUUAUUUCCAGAAAUUUCCAGGCCUGCAUCGAUGCCUUCCAUAACCGCCACAGUUCCAAAACUAUUCCCUCAAAAGACUGCAAGGUGUUGAAACAGAGGCCAAGGUUCGUCGCCAUGAAGACCCAGCCUUCCUAUAUCGGUAGUGAGGGCUUGGAGUUGAGGGAUUACCAACUUGAGGGUCUGAAUUGGCUCGCUCAUUCCUGGUGCAAGUGCAACAGUGUGAUCCUGGCCGACGAAAUGGGCUUGGGCAAAACCAUCCAGACCAUCUCCUUCCUCUCCAACCUGUUCAACCAGCUCACGCUGUACGGCCCCUUCCUGCUGGUUGUCCCACUGUCCACCCUGACGUCCUGGCAGAGAGAGUUUGAGAUCUGGGAGCCCAGCAUGAACGUGGUGGUCUACAUCGGCGACGUGAUGAGCCGCAGCACGAUCAGAGAAUACGACUGGACACAUCCUCAGACAAAACGGCUGAAGUUUAACGUCCUGAUAACAACAUACGAGAUCUUGCUGAAGGACAAGAACGUGCUGGGGAAUAUAAACUGGGCGUUCCUGGGCGUUGAUGAAGCCCACCGGCUGAAGAACGACGACUCGCUGCUCUACCGCACGCUGAUCGACUUCCGCUCCAACCAUCGCAUGCUGAUCACGGGCACGCCGCUGCAGAACUCGCUGAAGGAGCUCUGGUCACUCCUGCACUUCAUCAUGCCUGAAAAGUUUCACUCCUGGGAGGACUUUGAAGAAGAGCACGGCAAAGGGCGGGAGAAUGGAUUCCAGAGCCUGCACCGGGUCCUGGAGCCCUUCCUGCUGCGGCGUGUGAAGAAAGACGUCGAGAAAUCCCUCCCUGCCAAAGUUGAACAGAUUCUACGGGUGGAGAUGUCAGCCUCACAGAAGCAGUAUUACAAGUGGAUAUUGACCAGGAACUACAAGGCCCUCACCAGGGGCUGCAGGGGGUCCUCCUCGAGCUUCCUGAACAUUAUGAUGGAGCUGAAGAAAUGCUGCAAUCACUGCUACCUGGUCAAGCCGUGCGAGGAUAACGAGAUGCUAACCAACCUGGAGUUGUUGCACAACCUGAUCAAGAGCAGUGGCAAGCUGAUCCUGCUGGACAAGCUGAUGACCAGGCUCCGUGAGCGUGGAAACCGGGUACUCAUCUUCUCACAGAUGGUCCGCAUGUUGGAUAUCCUCGCCGAGUACAUGACCAUUAAACACUACCCCUUCCAGCGUUUAGAUGGCUCUAUAAAAGGGGAAUUAAGAAAACAAGCCUUGGACCACUUCAACGCAGAAGCAUCUGAGGAUUUCUGCUUCCUCCUCUCCACAAGAGCAGGGGGGCUCGGGAUUAACUUGGCCUCCGCUGACACUGUCAUCAUCUUCGACUCUGACUGGAAUCCACAGAAUGAUUUGCAAGCACAGGCCCGUGCUCACAGGAUAGGCCAAAAGAAACAGGUGAAUAUUUACCGGCUGGUUACAAAAGGGACAGUGGAAGAAGAUAUCAUUGAGCGAGCCAAGAAGAAGAUGGUCCUAGAUCACCUUGUUAUCCAAAGGAUGGACACGACGGGCAGGACAGUGUUGGACAGCUCAGCCCGCCCCUCACACUCAACACCAUUCAACAAGGAGGAGCUGUCGGCCAUCUUGAAAUUUGGAGCUGAGGAGCUGUUCAAGGAGGCGGAGGGCGAGGAAUCAGAGCCCCAGGAAAUGGACAUUGACGAGAUCCUGAGACUUGCCGAAACGAGAGAGAAUGAGCAAUCCGUCAGUCCGACAGACGAGCUGCUCUCCCAGUUCAAGGUGGCAAACUUCACCACCAUGGAGAACCAACCCGAGGUGGAUGAGAAGCAAAGCAAGGAAUGGGAUGACAUCAUCCCGGAGGAGCAGCGGAAAAAGAUUGAAGAAGAGGCGCGGCAGAAGGAGCUGGAGGACAUCUACAUGCUCCCCAGAAGCAGGAGUUUAACCAAGAAGGCUCGGGCCAACGGCAGUGAUUCUGACGCCGGGUCGCGGAGGCGGCGGCAGCGGUCGUCGGGGUCGGAGAGCGAAACGGAGGAGAGCGACGACGAGGAGAAGCGGCCCAAGCGAAGAGGCCGCCCUCGGACGGUGCGCAGGGACAUGGUUGACGGCUUCACCGACGCUGAGAUCAGGAGGUUUAUCAAAAGUUACAAGAAGUUUGGUGCUCCUCUAGAACGGCUCGAGGGUAUAGCACGCGAUGCGGAGCUCGUGGACAAGUCCAUCGCGGACCUACAACGACUGGGCGAACUCAUACACAACGGCUGUGUGAUGGCUGUCAAAGAGUUUGAGGAACAGCUGAAGGAAAACCCAGGCCUGGAGGGGAAGGGGCCGGGGAAAAAGAGGGGUCCAACCAUCAAGGUUUCGGGAGUCCAGGUCAACGUUCGGUCAAUUCUCAUUCACGAGGACGAAUUUGAGGCUCUGCAUAAAACCAUUCCUCUCGACCCUGAGGAAAGGAAGAAGUUCCGUUUGAGCUGCCACGCCAAGGCAGUGCAUUUCGACACAGAUUGGGGUGUGGAGGAGGAUUCCAAUUUGCUGAUAGGGAUCUAUGAGUGUGGUUAUAGCAACUGGGAGCAGAUAAAAAUGGACCCAGAACUACAGCUUACCAAUAAGAUUCUCCCUGAUAAUCCAGAUCACAAGCCACAGGCCAAGCACCUGCAGUCACGGGCCGAUUACCUGAUCAGGCUGCUGAAGAAAGACAUGAUCAAGAAGGCCGGAAUUAAACAGGAGAAGGAGUCCAAACCAAAGAAGCGGAAGCCCAGAGUGAAGAAGGAGAACAAGGCACCCAAGCUGAAGGAUGAGUGUGGCAACGAUAUCUCCUCGCCCCGGCUCUCUGACAAUGCUUCGGAAGAGGAUGGUGAGCUGAAGGACGGCAGUUUGGAACGAACGCCCAUGAAGAAGAAGCUGAAGAAGAAAGACAACAAGGAGAACAAGGAGAAGGGAGAUGUUAAGAAGGAAAAGGAUGGGCAGAAGGGGAAAAAGAAGGCCAAGGCCAAGAAGGACAAGCUGAAAGCGGACGCGAAGGACAAGGUGCGGAAAUCUGUUGCCAAGGGCCCGGUGCACAUUACGGCUGGCAACGACCCCGUACCUAUCGGGGAAGAGGGAGAGGAUGAGUUGGACCAGGAGACAUUCAGCAUCUGCAAGGAGAGGAUGCGGCCUGUGAAGAAGGCUCUGAAGCAGCUGGACAAGCCGGAGGAGGGGCUGUCGGAGAAGGAACAGCUGCAGCACACGCGCAGCUGCCUGCUGAAGAUCGGCGACCGCAUCACCGACUGCUUGAAGGCCUACAGUGACUCCGAGCACGUCAAGAUCUGGAGAAGAAAUCUCUGGAUUUUUGUCUCCAAGUUCACCGAGUUUGACGCCCGGAAGCUACACAAGCUGUACAAGUUGGCACAGAAACGGCGAUCCCAGGAAGAGGAGGAGCAGAAGAAGAAGGGGAAUAAUUCGGAGAGCAGGCGUCAGUUCAAGCCGGAGCCAUCGGGGUCGAGUCGGGACUCCAUGAACUCUCAGUCACACAUGCAGCAUGGACCUCACGGCCCGCACCUGCUGCCACCCCACCACCAACACCCGCAUCACCGAGACCCCUACCCCCAGCACAACAAGCGCCCCUUCAACAACGCAGAUCGAGGCGAUCGCCAGAGGGAGCGAAUGUACAACUACAGCAGCCAGCACUGGCCCUCCGAGCGGCACCACCCCUACGACCAGCACCGAUACAAGGACCACCACUUUGACGACCGGCGGCCACACGGAGAUCCCCACCGCAAUUCCGGCAAUUACCGGCCCAACAACCUGCACCGCAAGCGGCCGUAUAACCAGUACGAUGACGAGCGCGACCAUCGAGGUCACCGCGACUAUUACGACAGGCGCCACCAGGACAUGAAACGUCGCCGGUCUGAUGAGUUUCGACCUCAGGACCACCACAACGUCGGGCACCAACAAGACUUCCGCCGCUUGCCCGAUCACAGAGGUCCCGGAGCCUACCACAGCCAAGGGCCUUCUGAACACUACCGACCCUUUCACAUGGAGAAGCCCAUGGAGCACAAGACCCUCUCCUCAGAACACCGCUCGCCCCUCUCCCAGAAAUCGCCGCACGAUUCGAGGUCACCGCACGAUCACAGGUCCCCACUCGACCGCUCGCUGGACACUCCCGACUACAACUGGAACGCGAGGAAAACGUAGAGCCCCGCCUGCCUGGCCCCAGGGGGAAACAAGGAAACUGAUCCACUCUUCCGCCAAUCAUGCUGAAGUGGAACCCUCACGUGUAUCCCUUUUCUCACAAGACACACCCACAUGCACACACUUGCAAAUACACACACACACACAUACACAUGUACACACACCCACAUGCACACUCUCGCAAAUACACACACACACACACACACAUGUACACACACCCACAUGCACACUCUCGCAAAUACACACACACACGCGCACAUACACAUGUACACACACACGCGCACACUCGCAAAUACACACACACGCAUAAACACAUACAUAUGUGCACACACUCGCAAAUACACACGCACGCACAAACACACACACACGUACACAUACCCACAUGCACACACUUGCGCGCACACAAUUGCAUACACACACACAUGUAAACACUCACUCACACGUAGACGUGCACACACACACAUGUACACACUCACGUACACGCGCACAAACACACACACACAUCCAAGGAGAGACUACUGUGAUAUCAAUGGCAUAACGAAUGUGAAAUAUUCGGGGAGAAUGGGAGAUGAUUCUGCUGCUUGAACAGAGGGCCACUCACAACGUGGACAAAGCCCAGCGAUGGCCCAACUGCAAGAAAUCACGCGGGCUCCUUCUGGAAUCUCAGCCCGUCUAUGGCGGGGGGGAGGGGAAGGACCAGCCUUGUGGGAGAUGACAACUACAUUGCAGGCAAUGGUUUCAGCGUGCCCUUUCUGAGGAGAGCCCCUCGUGGACCGGCCUUCAGCCGAGGGUGCAAAUCCGGGCGGGAGAACGCCUUGUCUUCUGCCAUCUUUACCUGUUCCAAUGGUCUUUGCCAAACUACGUCGGUGUUGCACCCUCGAUGUGCGCGGCUAACGCCCGCUGUGCGCGCUGGUGUCGGGCAGGUCCGUCCUACCCCCCACCCCCGACAGGGUUGCAGAAACCAGCGCGGAACGCAGUGGCCGCGAGACGCAGGCAGUAGUAGUACCGGUGUUGAGGGGGGGAGGGGGGGGGGGGGAGUGAGCGGUGUGCCGCGCGCCAACCCGUCUGUGGCACUGCCCCUGACCUGCCUGCGGAACAUCAAAAAAACCAUAGCGGGAAGGGACGCAGCGAGCUUCUGAAUUCUUCCACAGUCCACGGGGGCAGCAGGUCGGCAGAACAGCGGGGGAGCGCGGCACUCGGGUGUCCUGUCGGGAUAGAGCUUCACCUUUUCUCCCUGCCUGCGCUUCAGCCUGUCGUUAGAAUGUGGUGUCUUUAUUCACAACCAGUAUUAGGACUUUACCUGCACAAGAAGCAGAGGAAGGAUCAGUGGGUGUCUCCAGUGGCCGCAGUAUUGAAGCAUUGCAUGCCGUCACUCUCAGUGCAAGCACUUUGUUCCAUUUGCUUCUCCUUACGCUGCCUGCUCCCAGGUUCCUUCCUCCUCACCCUCACUCUCACUCUCACCAGGAUCACCACAGCACCGCUGGCAAAUAACUUAUUUUUUUACUACUUUGUUCUGACCUGUGUUUGAUACGGGGGGAGGGGCGACAGAUUUAUGUAUGUUUUCUUUCAAAGGGGAAAGAUAAGGCGGAGCUGGUGGAGAGAGAGGACUUUGGUGAACCAGUGGUGAGCAGGGAAAUAUGCCCAGAGUGAGUGUUUGUGCCAUACAAUGUCGGGAUUGUCAGUGUUUGAGGUCCAGUGUGUCCCUGCGUUCCUUGGACCCAGGGCAGUUCCUGGAUGUACAUAGAACGGUGUCUGUGCCGAACAUGGUGCCAAGACCUUCACUUAUGUACCUGAUACCCCUUCAUUCCCUGCUAAUCCACAUAUAAGUUGAGCCUCAGUGUGUCCAGUCAAGGCGAAAGUGGAGCUUUACCCUACAGGCCAGGCGCCUUGCUCCCCAGCCCCAUCGAACCUGCCCCCCAACUUCAACGUGCCUGCCUCUAAUAUCACCAUCGUCAUUCCUGCCUCCAUCCAUCCCCCCCCCCACCCUUGCUAUUCACCCACAAGGGACCCCACCUGAAACAUCACCCAUCCUUUUUCUCCAGAGAUGCUGCCUGACCAUCUUGCGUUACUCCAGCACUUUGUGCCUAUCUUUGGUAUAAACCAGCAUCUGCAGUUCCUUCCGACACAAUAACGCUUCGAUUCACCACCAACCUUUCACCAACUAAAACUCUUGAAGGCGGAUAUUUAUGGAUAAAAGCAUUCUUACAGCAUGGACCCAGGCCCUUCAGCCCAACUCCUCCAUGCUGACCAACAUGCCCCAUCUGAGCUCGUCCCAUUUGGCCCAAUACUUACCUGCGUCGCCAUCUUGUGCCACCAGUACCGUUCCUAUUCUUCUCAUUACACCAAUCCAGUGGAUUUUGUUUGAGUGGCGGGACAAAGUAGGGUAACUUGGGUCUGGUUUUGGUUUCUUUCACAAAACAGUAAAAUUCAGGAAGUUGGUUGCGGGUCGGGCAGCUCCAGUGAGGAUCGAGAUGCUCAGCGUUUCAGGUCAAGGGACCUGCAGUCGGAGUUGGAAUAGGAGGAAAAUAACCGUGUUCUGGUUGAUGGAGGGAAGAAAGUGAAUGUGUGUGAGAGGGGCCAAGCCACGGUGGUCACAGCAUCACAAUGCAACCGUUACGGACAGAGCCGACAAAGCCACGUUGAAAAGGAUAGGCAGAACCACAUGUGAGGAGAAGGGAAAUAAGGAGAGGUGCCUGAAAUGGUUGGAUUCAAUGUUAAGUCCUAAGGGGUACAGUACUUUAUUUACAGUAGAGUCUAGUUUAUUGUCACGUGUACCGAGGGUACAGUAAAAAGCUUUUGUUGCGUGCUAACCAGUCAGCAGAAAGACAAUACAUGAUUACAAUCGAGCCAUUUACAAAGUCUGAGGGUCACCAGUGAGGUGGAUAGUAGUUCAGGACUGCUCUCUGGUUGUGGUAGGAUGAUUCAGUUGCCUGAUCACAGCUGGGAAGAAACUGUCCCUGAAUGUGGAGGUGUGUGUUUUCACACUUCUAUACCUCUUGCCUGAUGGGAGAGGGGAGAAGAGGGAGUGGCCAGGGUGCGACUCGUCCUUGAUUAUGCUGCUGGCCUUGCCGAGGCAGCGUGAGGUGUAAAUGGAGACAAUGGCAGGGAGAUUGGUUUGUGUGAUGGUCUGGGCUGCUGCAAUUCCUUGCGGCACAUUUGUUACAUGUACCGAGGUACAGUGAAAUAUUUUCUGUGUACAGUUUAGUGCAAGUGUGUAAAAUUCCCAAAUGGGGGAAUGUUCCUCAAUCCCAGCCUUCCAUUCUGCAAAUGCAUUUUGUUCCUUUCUUUCCAUGUCUCAAUCCAAAACAUUGUUCCAACCAAUGAUCUAGACCUGCUGGUUCCAUUUCCUGCUUUCUCGCUCCUGGUUUCUAACUUCUCCCAGUUCUUCUGCUUUGAGUCAGUCCUCAUCCAGAUGCCCUUUAAAUGAUUUCCUUAUCUGUACUUUGUUCGGGCACCGAUGUGCUAACACGCCCUGGAAUCCUAAUUCCUUCCUUCCUCUCACUUCAUCUUAACAUGGUCCUGAAUGUGCUCCCCUGUUCUGUUGACUUGCCCCCAACAUGGCAAUGUUUGUGCAGCACAAGCUGUAGGACAAACACUUCCACUAGGAUUGAAUGAGUGUGUAAGGUGGAAGCAAGUAGAUUAUAGAACAUGAAACAGUACAACACAAGAAACCCUUCGACCCACAAUGUCUAUGAUGCCAAAACCAUCCCUGAUCUACCUGCACAUAACUCAUAUCCCACCAUUCCAUGCAUGUCUAUAUACCCAUCCAAAAGUCUUUCAAAUGGCACCAAUGUGUCUGCUUCAACCACCACCACUGGCAGCACCAUCCAGGCACUCGACACCCUCUGUGUAAAUGAACAAAUUGCCCCCCCCACAUCUCCUUAAAACUUUGCCCCUCUCACCUUAAAGCGAUGCCCUCUAGUAUUUGAUAUUUCCAUCCUGGUUAAAGGAUUCUGACUGUCUACCCCAUCUAUUCCCCUGUCGAAACUCUCACUGUAAACAUAACAGAACCUCCAGAUUGUGAGAUAGAUUAUAAAAGUGCGACUUGUGUUUUUAAGUAAGUGUACAGCUAGUGAACGCCAAAAUGGGAUCUGGUCUGCUGACUAUCUGUUGUCACCGAGGUUAAGCCUUGUUAAUGAACCUGGUCAUACUUAGUGAUUGGAGAGAAGCAAGAACCCACAGUAUCUACCUAUACUUCACUGUCUUGCAUCUAGUACAGGGAGUUCUGCUGUAACGCCUGUUUCCAUAAAGGCCCUGCCCCGCUUGGGGGUCAUUUACGUGACAUCAUUUGAGGCAGCGAUGCGCGAUCAUGCGCGGCGUCCCAGGAUAUUUGGAUUCACAAAAUCUUCGCCCGCCACCUGAGUGAUGCGCAAAUGACGCCCAAGUGGGACAGACCCUUAGGAAGAGUUGGAUGUAACGUGCCUGAUGAAUUGGGCAACAUUAUUAGUGUUACAUAGACUUAUAACGUUAUUUCAAUUGGGAGCCGGAGAACCACUUAAUAAUUACUUUGGAAAUCGACAUGCUGGAAAAAAAGCUGUCUUGGAAAAAAAAUUAUCAGUGUUGGAAGAAAAAUCUCCCUCCCUGUAACCUCCCCGCAGUAAUCAGACACCAUUGUCUUUUCAGAACACAGCUGCUAGUUUCACCGUGGGAAGGCAUUGAAAUUGACAAGCCGUUGCUUCCAUUGGCUCUUGUGCAGUGAGGCUCUAUGAAACCAAGAGUCUUUAGCACUUUUAGCUUGCAGUAACAAAAGUAAACUUUAAACUAUUAAACAGAAACUUUAUUUUUGAAAAUCGUGCAGGAUAAAAAAACAACUUUGUUAUUGUGAGUCUGAAACUCUCUGUCCCCAACAUUGCCUAUUGGCACAACCGUGGGGUUGGUUAUACCAGAAAUACCCGCGAGACUGCUUCUCAUCCUUGUGCUUUCUGCUGCUAACAAUAAUCAGUGUAUCAGUGGAGGAGAUGGUUUGCACAACCCGACAGUGUUGGAACAAGAUCCCGGCCACCAUUUAGUUUCGCAAUUGCAAGUGUCCAUUAAGUUGCGCUACACUAUUGGUUAAUGUCGUGAACAUUGCAAUCUUCUCCUUGUUGCGUAUGUCGUGCUCAGCCUAAAGUUGUAGGACAACUUGUUCUAUUUGAUUGUGCGUGCCGGGUUGAUUGCAUUGGUCGAAACAGGGCGGACCACGUGAAGGUUGCAAUCUCCCACCUCAUCAUUGCAACACUUUAGCUCCUACUAGGCAGAAAUGUUUAUUGAGAGAUUAACAUUAAAUGUGAAACGUGUUUCCUCCCAGACUGAAGGCUGAUGGCCACUUCCAGGGAGGGGGUGGCUCUUUGAGUCCUGUUGACAUUGUGACAUGUUACUGGAUCUCCCCCCCUCCCCGUAGAGUUGGCCCGAUCAUCAGAAACUCUGAGCCUCCCUCAAGGCUCUAACCUCCUCCAUCAGUUGUGUUUCUCCAGCACAUGUCGUUAAUUUGGAGCGUGCUCUUCCUCACAUCAUCAUUCUUCUCGUUAAACGUUGUGGGCGUAGGCCAGAGUGACCCACUCGCCCCAUGGCUGGACCAUGCCUUGCCUGACCCUCCAGUCUCUGGACUGCAGCCAUGCACCUCGCUGCGGCAGACCAUGCGGACACCCAUGCACCUCGGUGCAGUGAGCUGCCUGUAUCAAACCUGCCACUCUGUCAACACAUCAGGUGGCAUUUGGUGGACGGAGUUGGAUGUUUUAUCGGAGAUACAAGGACCGUCCCUCCUUCUACAGGGCACUGGGGCAGGAGGGUUGAUAAUUCCUGCCUGUUGCAUAGGAAAUGCAAAGGACUUCCCCCUUAUACAGAUUGCAUAUUAAGCUAGAGGUCAGAUAGUAUCCACACCACCAAGGAGGAAGUGCAUGGCGAGUGUAGAGACCCAGACAGGAGCCACAGAUAUAGAGACCACAACCUAAGAUGUCAUUGAUCUAUACUUCAGCCCAGGGUAAUGCAUAUAUCAGGCGUCCAGUGUUGUGAACUCAAGACAGUGUAUCAUAAAUGCAUGUGUCUGGGCUAGAGGUUUGCUUGGCUUCUAAUGAGGCUUGAUGGCACUCUGUGGCUGCUGCUCUCAAUGCGGAAUUGUCCACAGACUGAGUGUAGAGAGGCCAAAGGGCUGAAUGGAUGGAGUUGAUGCUUGGGGUUCAGGAGUCCGCACUUGCACCCUGCCAAGAAAUGUAGUGAGUGGCUGGCCUAGAGACGACACGAUAAGCCUGCUAGUCGAUAAGCCAUGGAAGAGGCCCAGGACAGAAAGGUCGGAUUCAGAAUAGGAGGGGGAGUUGAAGUGCUGAGCCACAGGGAGAUCAGGUUGGUUAUUACGAACCGAGCGGAGGUGUUGGGCGAAGCGAUCUCCAAGCCUACGCUUGGUCUCACCGAUGUAGAUCAGUUGACAUCUAGAGCAGCAGAUGCAAUAGAUGAGGUUGGAGGAGGUGCAGGUGAACCUCUGCCGCACCUGCUGGGUCCUUGGAUGGAGUCAAGGGGGGAGGUGAAGCGACAAGUGAAAGCAUUUGCUUUCUCGGGAAAUGAGCAGGGGGGGACUUGCAGGAAUGUGCAAUUCCACAAUCAGUAUUCAGGCUGAAUCUUAGCUGUGUUGUUCAUGGGUAAAGUGUAACAAUGAACGCAAGCUGGGGUGCUGGACAAUGUCAGCUGUUGGAGACUCAGGAAGACGGACCCUUCCAAAGGUACUUCUGAAGAAAGCUUCCUGCAUUUGCUUGACCACUUUCAAACCAAACUGAAUUGGUCUGUCAAGGUAUAGAAAGCUCCACGAGGUCUUGCUGAGAUCAGAAACAAGUCGGGCCGUGUUCAACCGGUGUGUAGUUCCUUGAUAUCCCACCCUCGAUUCCUCCCGAUCUUCCACACGACAGCCGUCACCUUCCGAAGCUGCCUCGGCCCCACCAGACACAAAGAAUAUACCCCCCCAAGUCCGCCCUUUUUUUUAGGACAUUUUCUAACGGCUGCAGCCACAAGAUGGUGAGAACGGCGGAGACAGACGUUGAUGAAACGGGAGAGGACAAUGAAAUAUCAGCUGCCAAGUCCCACGUAGUUUUUUUGUUUUGCUGAAAUGGUCGGUACAGUUCUGUAAAACUUAUGUGGACUUUUUAAAUGACUUUAAAGAAAAGUAAAUAUUAAUUUAUAUUUGUGAAAAAGGCCACUGUUAGUGCAUUUUGGGUGUAAAUACUUUGUUUAUAGUACGUAUUAAAUUUUCCUACACCUUA